UAACUAUAAUUGUUUUCUCAACAUCGUGCUGUAUACCUGCCACCACGUCACAUCCAAUAUGUUGGUUAUUCAUUACAGCACUGUAAUAUGAUCGUUGUUUGGUUUUGUAGGCUUGGUUGAAUGCCUUUAAUGGCGGUGGUAUUCCUUCGGAGUUACCUUUGAACCUUUUUCCUUUCUGUUGGGCACCGUGGGUCCACGUUAGGUGACACCGUGGCGUGCGUGGGUUGCAAAACUCUACAUUUUGGAUUACUUUGUUCGACAUGGCUCACAGCAAAGAGGCCGAAGCGGAACCUCGACUGUUCGCCUUCGCCCGAGUAGCUUCCGCAGUGCUGACACACUUUCUCGGCAUAUCCCUCACUGGCUUCGUCGCUGUUCUGGCUCGACCUGGUACAAGUUGGUUUUCCUGGCAUCCUUUCCUCAUGACACUCGCAUUCUCCUUCUUCAUGACAGAAGCCAUCCUCCUCUUCUCGGCCCACGGCUCCCCCUUGAGGAGGUUUUCCCACAAGGUGAAAGGUCGCGUUCACUGGCUGCUGCAGUGCGCCUGCGUGACGUGCGCCGCGCUCGGCCUGGCAGCCAUCUUUUACAACAAACACUUGCACGGCAAGCCUCACUUCACCUCCUGGCACGGUCUGCUGGGCUUCAUCACGGUGUGUACGGCGACGGUCCAAUCGCUGGCCGCUGUGCCCCUCAUCUAUCACUCUCUGGCUAAAGGCUGGUCUCUGGCCAAGCUCAAGAGGUACCACGCGGCGUCAGGGCUGGUCACCUACCUGCUUGGCAGCGUCAGCCUGCUCCUCGGCCUGACUUCUGUGUGGUUCACUGCGUCUGUCAGCGAUGCCAGUUGGUACCUGGCGGCACUAUGUCCCACUCUCAGUGCACUCAUCAUCAUGAAUCAAGUCACCAGUGCUUAUGUUGCAAAGAAACGCUUCCAGUCCUAAUUGUAAUGAAGUACAAACACAUUACUUUGUUAAUGUGCUUUAGUAGAUUUUUUUCAGAUAGAUCUAAUUUAUUUGCGUAUUUAUUUUUUAGGAUGGCUUUCUACAUUUGAACACAUCUGUACUUUCUACUCCUUUGUCAAAGUAGGCUGGUUAGUUGUUUUUUUUUCCCCAACCUUUGUGGAUGACAACGAUGUCAAAAAGACAAUGAAUAGAAAGAAUUAAAGGCAGUUGUAGUUGAGAUCUUGAUUGAGUGAUUUAGAUCUUGGGGACUUCAGAGAAGCAAGAUAUUCCCCACCCAUGGUUUUAUUUUAGGAAAUUGUUUGAUGCUGUUGGCCCAGAAUGAUUUGUAGUGAAUGUGUUGUCUUGUGCCAGUAUAAAAACCACCAACUUAACCUGUUCAGAAAUUCUAAAUGGAAAAAAAAACACAACGAAGGUACAGUACAUUUUAUUCAAUAGUUAUCAUUAGCUAAUUUAGCAUUUUCGUCAGCCAGUUCACAAUGUUAGCAAAACUAUGGAACACGCUUUGAAGCAUAAAAGCCUUAUCCAAUUGUAGCAAACUUGGUUUCAAAAAAAGAUUUUUUUCUUCCUUGUGUCAAGUUAUCAAAACAGGUAUUGUAUAUAAUUGACUGUAAAAGUUCACUUUUACUUUUGUACUUUAAUGACUUUUCAGUGUAUGUUUUUACUUAAGAAUCAGUUUUUCUACUUUUAUCGGUUUUUUUCUUUCGUUUUUUUUACACAUCACUGUACAUUUAAGUACAGUGCCUGAGUGCUUUUGCAACCUCUGAUCCCAAUAAAGGCUGCGAUAUGUAUUCAUAACAAUGUUGUUACUGACACUUGUGCGGGGAUUGUUUUGCACACAAGGCCAUUAGUCUGAUGUAUUUACAUAGGUAAUAUUUUGUUUCACAUUGUA